AUGUGGCUGAGACUCUUCUUCACGUUCGCGUUCAGCUUCUCCAGCUGCCGAGCAGCAACAGUCUUUCUGGAUCCAGAUCAAGCCCAUGGUAUCCUGGUCCGGACUCGGAGGUAUAACUCAGGAUGGCUGGAGGAGCUACAGAUGGGAGACCUGAAGAGGGAGUGUCUGGAGGAGAUCUGUUCCUACGAGGAAGCCCGGGAGGUGUUCGAACACGACGAGACCACGGACGAAUUCUGGAAAACAUACAACCUUCCAGACAGCUGUCUGUCGAACCCCUGUCUGAACGGCGGCAGCUGCUCCACUCAGGGUUCGUCCUACACCUGCUACUGCCUGCCACAGUUCAGCGGCCUCAACUGUGAGCUCGAGUACACGGCCGUCCCCAACACUUGCCUACUGGAGAACGGAGGAUGCGACCAUUUCUGUGAUGAAGACGAGGGAGGGCAAAGACUAAACUGCUCAUGUGCAGAUGGUUACUUCCUGGACGUUGACGGGCUGAGCUGCGAAGCAAAAGAGUCAGUAGCGUGCGGCAUGGUUCCCAUCCUGCAGGCAGAAAACAAAAACAAGCAGCUCGACUCUCGAGCUCGAAUUGUCGGGGGAACGGAAUGCCCCAAAGGUGAAUGCCCCUGGCAGGUUUUGCUGGUGUACAAAGGCAAAGGUUUCUGUGGAGGAGUGAUUUAUAAACCCACAUGGAUCCUCACAGCAUCUCACUGCCUGGAGAACACUGAUCCUCAGUUCCUGAAGGUGGUCGCAGGCGAGCACAACACGGAGGUCAACGAGGGCACGGAGCAGCUCAUCCAGGUCGCUGAGGUCAUCAUGCACGAGAACUAUGUGUCGCAAACUGCCAACAACGAUAUCGCCCUCCUUCGCCUGGCGUCGCCCAUCGUCUACACGCCUUACGCCGUCCCAGCCUGCCUGCCGACGCGAGCCCUGGCUGAGCGCGACCUCUGGGCCAUCAGCCUGCACACUGUGAGCGGCUGGGGGAGGAGGGGUGAGAACGGACCCACCUCAACGGUCCUGCGGCGGCUGGAAGUACCACGGAUCCGGACGCAGCAGUGUGUGGAGGAGAGCGGCGUGGUGCUCACUGAGAACAUGUUCUGUGCCGGAUACAUCGAGGGCCGGCAGGACUCGUGCAAAGGCGACAGCGGCGGACCCCUGGUGACAAAGUACAAGAAGACAGUGUUCCUGCUGGGGAUCGUCAGCUGGGGGAAGGGCUGCGCCCGACCGGGCAACUACGGCAUCUACACCCGAGUGUCCAACUACCUGGAGUGGAUCCACAACCGAACAGCGACGUCAAAUCAGCCGACAAACAACACCGAGGCUUCCUCACACAACCUGACCACCUGA